AGUCCCCAAAGUGAAGCGGUGACCCACGAAAUGGAAGAGUUGUCACUGCAGCCGACCCAGAACCUCCCUCCGCUCAACGAACGCAAAAACGUGCUGCAGUUGAGACUUCAGCAAAGACGGACUCGGGAGCAGUUGGUGGAUCAGGGCAUCAUGCCGCCACUGAAGAGCCCGGCCGCCUUCCAUGGGCAGAUACGUAGCUUAGAGAGAGCCAGGACUGAGAAUUUCCUCAAGCAUAAAAUCCGCAGUCGUCCAGAGAGAGCAGAGCUGGUCAGGAUGCACAUCUUGCAAGAAACCGGAGCCGAACCUUCACUCCAGGCCACCCAGAUGAAGCUGAAAAGGGCCCGGCUGGCAGACAACCUCAAUGAGAAAAUAGCCCAGAGACCCGGUCCCAUGGAGCUGGUUGAGAAAAACAUCUUGCCUGUGGAUUCCAAUCUUAAAGAGGCCAUAAUAGGUGUAGGGCAGGUAAACUAUCCCAAAGUCAUGGAUGAGGACAGCAGUGACGCCUUGUCCCCAGAGCAGCCUGCCAGCCAAGAAUCUCAGAGCUCUUUGCCCUCGCCAGGGGACGGCAAAUGCCCUGAAACAGCCUCUCCUCCGAUCCCCGUUUUGAAGGUCGGCAAGCGGGAUCUCAAUGCUGCCGUCUCUCCUCAAAAAGUCCAAAACACGCUGAGGGUCAUCUCUACGAAUGAGCAGCCAACAAGCCGCCUGGCCGUUUCUCACACUCAGCCGAUCGCUACAGUCGCUCCCUCCAAACCGGGCCCGACAUUGAUUAAACAAAGCCAGCACAAGAUGCCCUCUGAGAAGAUCCGGAGCAAGAAAGGCAAAGAUGCCAAGCCCAGAGUGAGAAAGCUCAAGUAUCACCAGUAUGUUCCGCCAGACCAGAAGCUGGAGCCCAGCGAGGCCUCCAUGGACUCCUCCUAUGCUCGACUUCUGCAGCAACAGCAGCUUUUCCUCCAACUGCAGAUCCUCAGUCAGCAACAGCAACACUACAACUAUCAAACUAUAUUGCCAGCCCCACUCAAACCUGUGGCAGAAGGCCAAAGCGGCAAUGCCAGCGGACUGCCGGCCUCCAUUGUGGUUUCUUUACCCACUGCACCUCCAAUGCCUCUGGCCCGACAGAACAACUCAUUAUCGAACCGCAAACCCGGAGUCUUGCCUGCCAACCUGGAGGAAAUGAAGGUGGCCGAGCUCAAACUGGAGCUAAAACUCCGUGGUCUUCCUGUGUCCGGAACUAAAACGGAUCUGAUCGAAAGGCUGAAGCCUUUCCAGGAUCUUUCCGGCUCAUCGGCUCCCGACGCUAUUCCCGCACCUGCCGCUACCGCGCUCACCCCAGUUCCCAUGGAAACCACCACGACCAGCCCCGCCGUUGUCCAUCCACACCAGCAGGGAGCGACGGAGAAGAUGAGCGGCACGCCUCCGGUUUCCCCCGUUCCCAACGGUCCGUUUGCCGUUCCUCAGGAUUCGAGCGUGUCCGAAGUUCGACGUGAAAUGCAGUUAGCGUACUCUGGCUCAGGAGGGCCGGGCUCCUCCCCUCUCCCUAAACUGCCAGUACCGGAGAAGGACAGGAGGCUCCACGAAAAGGAGCGACAAAUUGAGGAAUUGAUGAGGAAGCUGGAGCAGGAGCAGAAAUUGGUGGAGGAGCUGAAGAUGCAGCUGGAGGUAGAGAAGAGGAGUCAGAGCAGCUGUACCACUGAUUCUGCCUCCAAGCUCAGCACCGUGAACCCUAUUUCGGCAAGCCUGAACGCAAACACUGUAAAACCGGAACAACAAUUUUUGACAAACUGUUCUCCGACUUCGCUUACCAACUCUAUCCUGGGCUCCCUCACGAACCCGCCCCAACCUUCGGUGAAGUUAGAGGAUGUGACCGUUUCUUCCGGAAAGCCUAUCCAGCCGCAAACCCGACCGCAGCUCAUCCCCCAAAACCCGGUCCAGGUCAGUAAGAGCCCACCUCAUCACUGCCAAUCCCAGAAAAGCCCCAAACUCCAGAACCAGCCUCAGUCCCAACCCACCGCCCCGAACCUGCAGCAGUUCCUCAUCAGCCAUCCCGGCGGGAUGUCGCAGGUGCUCGGCCAUCCCCAGACCUUGCUAACCGCAUCCGGGCAACCUCAGACACUGCUGGCUACAAGCGGUCAGAGCGGAACCCAGAUCCUGCUUCCCGUGUCGCUAGCCAAUAACGCCAGCGCCAUUCAGCUGCCAAGCACUACUGUCAGCCUGCAGACUUUAACAGUGUGCAACAAUACGACGGAGGGAGAGAACCACGCUCAGCCUGAGAUAAAUCCCCAAUGUUUUCUGAGGAGCUCCCCGGACAGAAGGACCUCUCCUUGUGCCUCGCCCAACCACAUCACAAAUGGGCCAAUCAACAAGUCUUCCUCUCCACAGCUAACCUUUAUCCUCCAGCCUACGUCACUUCUUUCACAGCCUCCCAAGACAAAAGAGCCUCCUCGUUAUGAGGAGGCCGUCAAACAGACACGCAACAUGCAUGUUAACAAUGUUUCACAGGUUGCCACAGCGACCAGCCAGCAGAUGGAUGACUUGUUUGACAUUCUUAUACAGAGUGGAGAAAUCACUCCGUUUAUCCAGCAUGACCCUCCGGUGUCUCUGAGCAAGUCCAACCCAGUCACGGCCAACAUCAGCACCCUUCCGGUCAACACCGUCCUCUCCCGACAACCUCCCCAGAUCCAGGUGGCUCCUCCGCCGACCUUGAACCCGGCUAUCGACCCCGGCCUGCCCAACCUCUCCUCGCUGGCCACCGAUAACCAGCUGGAGGCCUUCCUGGAGAGAACGUUGGCCGACACGCCGGCGGCGGCCGACCCUCGCACCAGGGGCCUGAUGGAGGAGCUGCAGGCGCAGCUCAUGGAACAUCAGCCCUACUCUCCCAUGGACACGUCGGACCUGUCCUUCUGCGACUCCUCGUCGCCCCCUUCCUCGCUCAAUAUGGGUCUGUCCGACCCGGCUCUGGACAACAUGGAGUGGCUGGACCUCACCAUGCCGCCGGGACAAGGGCCGCUCGGGAUCCCGACCGACUUCCUGGACACGCAUGACCUGCAGCUGCACUGGGACUGA